UUCCAAAUUCCAAUUGUCAAAUAAUUCUAGACGGAAGACAAACAAAAUAAACUUUUCUAAUAAAAACCUGUGAAUGGCUGCUAUUGAGAAAGUUAAGGUAGUCGUCCUCGGCGAUUCCGGUGUGGGAAAAACGUCGUUAACGUAUUUGAUAGCUCAUAACAAACCACUGUUGUCACCGGGCUGGACUGUUGGUUGCUCAGUGGAAGUAAAACUUCACAGAUACAAAGAAGGAACUCAAGCACAAAAUACGUUUUUCGUGGAACUCUGGGACGUUGGCGGAUCUAAUAACCACCGUAUUACAAGAAAUGUAUUUUAUCAACCGACACAUGGUAUUAUUCUUGUGCACGACUUAACUAAUAGAAAAAGUCAAAUAAAUUUACAAAAAUGGCUUGCAGAAAUAUUAAAUCAAGGUUCAACAAAUCCAACCUUCCAACAUGUGGAUGUGGAUCCUGAGCAGUUUUUAGGAUCAACACAGAUUCCUAUACUAGUAAUUGGGACAAAGUUUGAUUUGGCUGAGGAAAAACAGAGAAAUAAUCAAUAUAGGCGACUGGCAAGUAGUAUAGCAGAGCAGUGUGGAGCUGAUGAAAUAUUUGUUAAUUGUUUUCAACCAAGGAGUCUCGCUCCGGGCACAAGCAAUUCGGUUAAACUAACAAGAUUUUUUGAUAAGAUAAUAGAGCGGCGGUACUAUUCCCGUAUCAGUCCGUUCACAGACAAGCGUCGUGCGAUUCCGCCGUACAUAAUGGCAACAUCGACGCCGCUUUCGAACAAUAAGCCUACACAAUAUAUGAGCCCCCGAUUUUACCACAUGGACUGAUAGCAAGAUUAUAAAUAAAUAUAUUAUAAUUAUCUA